AGAAGAAAUGGCGGAAACAAACGGAACUGAGAGUACUGAGACACUUAACGGAGAGGCGCCGCCGUCUGAUAAGGAGGAAAAGAAUUGGAGAGGUCUACCGAUUUUAGAGAUAGAAAGUGUUAAGAUUGAGAAUCGACGAGAGCAAGAGACUCUGUUCGGUGUUCUCCAUCGUUUUUUCGCAGAGAUCUUCUUUCUUGAUCCAAACAGCUCCGCUGCUUCCUCUUCUUUGCUCGAGAGGAUUAAAGCUUCCGUCUCUCACAAUGCUCCUCUGCUUUGUCAAGGUUUCAAAAAUUCCAGCCAGGAUCUUCUACAAUGGACUCGCCGAGGCAGUCCUCUUCGUGCUAUCUUGGUUGUCUCUGUUGGAACCAUCAUUCUUCUGUCCUUGACAGGAUUGCUGGUUUUUAUACUUUUCUUUCUGGCAGCAACUACCAAUGCAGUUAUUGUCUCUCUUCUCAUCUCUUUAGCAGCUGCAGGAGGCUUCUUAGCUAUUUUCUUCACCUGUGUGACGGCAAUUUACAUUGGAGCAUUGUCAGUGGCUGCUUUUGCAAUUGCCACUGCAACAGUCUCAACAAUCAUUGCUGUUCUGAUUGCUACAGGUUGGAUUGGAUUCUUCUGGACUGUGUGGUUGGCAACAAAGAAAAGCAUGGGCCUUGCCAAACAUUCACUGACUAUGACUGGGUCAGCAGUUUCAGCAUAUUCUGCUGCUCUACGAGCUCGCCAUCAUCAUGGAGCUCAUAAGGUUGACUGAAGGAAAAUUCUAGCAAGAGUUGUAUGUAUGUUGUCCUAUAUACCUCGAGUCUUCUGAAGGUAGUGAUGGUAUAGCUUUGUUGUUUCAUGUUAGUUUCCUUUUUUUGUGUAUAUUAUUGUUAUACAUAGUGAGACAAUCUGCUCUUUACUUGGAGAAGAUAGAGAUAAAGAAACUGGUGUGGUAA